ACUCACUUUCUGAGCGAACAGACGGCAGCAGCAGCAGCAGCAGACGCUAAUCCUGAGCCCGGCGCACCCCGCCCAACCUCCACCCGACCAGAACCGAACCAGGGAACACAGGGAGCAAAGCCCACGGGCGGGGACACACCUGUGCGUCUGGACCAGAAGCGUAUAGUUGGCAAGCGGGAUGAUUUAAAGACGGUACUGCCGGCGAAUGGAGAGGAGGAUGAUGUAGCAGGUGCUGCCGCAUCGCUCGGCCUCCUCCGCGGGAAAAGGUGAUGCUGUCGGCGCCAUCGCACACAGAGGGAGGAAGAGGUUGCGGCAUGGCGGGAAGCAUCAUCGUUCUCCUAGAGCGGCGUCAAUAAAGUUUAGUAAUUGAGGAUCAUAUGUUGCUGAUGCAUCCUCAGCAUCUCGGGGGGGAUUAGUUGCAGGCCUCCAGCUGGUUCUGAACCGGAGGCCCGCGGGGAGGGAGGAGUAUUCCGUUUGGACCUCUUUCGCCGACAUGACUCACCUGCAGGCGGGCUUGUCCGCCACCACCUUGGAGAAGGCCAAGGCGGAGCUCAAAGAGAACCCAGACACUCUCCACCAGGACAUCCAGGAGGUGCGGGACAUGAUCAUCACCCGGCCGGACAUCGGCUUCCUCAGGACGGACGAUGCCUUCAUCCUCAGGUUCCUGCGAGCCAGGAAGUUCAACCACUUUGAGGCGUUCAGGCUGCUGGCCCAGUACUUUGAGUACCGCCAGCAGAACCUGGACAUGUUCAAGAACCUGAAGGCCACGGACCACGGCAUCAAGCAAGCCCUCAAGGACGGCUUUCCCGGCGUGCUGUCCAACAUGGACCGACACGGCAGGAAAAUACUGGUUCUGUUCGCCGCCAACUGGGACCAGAGCAGGUACACGUUUGUGGACAUCCUGAGAUCCAUCCUGCUGUCCCUGGAGGCCAUGAUUGAAGACGCUGAGCUGCAGGUGAACGGCUUCAUCCUCAUCAUCGACUGGAGCAACUUCACCUUCAAGCAGGCAUCCAAGCUGACGCCCAGCAUGCUGAGACUCGCCAUCGAGGGGCUGCAGGACAGUUUUCCUGCCAGGUUUGGAGGGAUCCACUUUGUGAACCAGCCGUGGUACAUCCAUGCUCUCUACACCGUCAUAAGACCCUUCCUCAAGGACAAAACCAGAAAGAGGAUCUUCAUGCACGGCAACAACCUAAACAGCCUCCACCAGCUGAUCAACCCUGAGAUCCUACCUUCUGAGCUGGGAGGCAUGAUGCCGCCCUACGACAUGGGAACGUGGGCCCGCACGCUGCUGGAGCACGCUUAUGACGAGGAGACUGAAUAUUGUCCAGAGUCCUACACGCUGUCGGUGCAAGACCUGGAGAGAGACCUGGAGAAGGAUUUGUCUCCAAAAACAAUGAAGAGGUCUCAGUCGGUGGUGGAGCCGGGCGUACUAAAACGUCCAGACAAGGUGAAGCGUGAAGAAGACAACAUGCAGCCGCUGCUCUCGCUCGAUUAAAAAGCAGCUGGUAGAAUUCCAGAAUCCUCAGCAGGACACAGACAGAGUCAAGCGUCCUCUUUCGAAAGUCUGGAGAUGCACCUCAACGUCCCACAAUGAGCUUCUGCUGAUGGACUUCCAUGUUUAUUUGAAAAGUGCCAAGUUUGGAAAACUCGAAAAGAUUGUCUUGAAACUCUUCUGUCCUCAGGAAGCACAAGCUCCCUGAUACAACACAACAAAAAAAGAGAUAUUUGAAAAGAAGCUUUCUUUGUUCGAGGAUUUUCAAAAGCUCGGCUUAGGAUCGGCAGAAAGGACAUUUAACCUCCUGGAGACAAGAGACGGAAUAACGAGCAAAUGUCCCUUUACAGGACAUCACUGAUAUUGUCAUUGUCUUCUUCCUUUUUAUCACCACCAGGAAGUUGUAGUCCAACUGCUGUAGGCUAUUAGCAAUUAUUGACUGAAUCAACCUAAAAGGGUGUUUUUUAUGUAUAGAAAGAUCGUUCACAUUUUUAUUUUACAUAAUCAGUGUUAAAUAGAGGCUAAAACCAAAACUAGCUACUCGUUUGUAAAUAUAAACGUGUUAGCAUCAGCUGCUAGCAUAGUGCUCCUCUAUUCUCACUGUCGCCACAGCAGAUUAAAUUAUUGGUGAAUUUUACAGUUCUGAAAAUGUUUAUAUUUAUUACAGGCGCACACUUUUAACAAAAAAACGCCGAUACAAAAAUCAAAAUUGGCUGAAAUGUCGUCAAUAUUAACAGUUAGCGUCUUUCAUGUUGUGAUGACUAUUCACGCAGUGUUAGCGAUGGUUUCCAAAAAGUGUUUAUUCCCAACAUUUAAAAGAGUAUUCCACUCCAAUCAUUUUACUGUGAACCCAGCAGGAAGACAGGCUAAAUUCAGUAGCUUGUUUUCUCGUGAUUCUAUUCCGUUGUUUGCGCUUAAUGUUGUUUGACAUCCUGUCCAAAGUCCACCGCUGACUUGAGCGACAAGGGGACAAGUGAAUGUUGAAACCAUUAAACGUCACAUGGAUGUAACAACAAAUGUAUUUAUUAUGUUACUUUCAUUGAUAAAUAUCACCUUUUACAGUCACUGUAGAUGCUUCCAGUUUCUAGGAUACAAUGUUUACAUUCAAUAAACAUCACUCAGUCACUAAAGCUCACCUGGCUCAACGCUUAAAAUGUUGAAAGUAUUUAUUUUAUUGAGCUGCUGCGUCGUCUUUCAUGCUCCCAGUAAUGUAAGCGAGAAGGAAACGUUAACGUUCUUCAUCGACGAUGCAGAUUGUGGUUACACGGGGCCAAAUUUGUCAUGUGACUCACCACUGCCUCUUCGGGUGGACAGUGGUAUUGUAAGCAAGGGCAGGCGGCGGUAACUUGCUUGUUUGUAACUUAUGUAAAGAAACACAGCAAGUAAAUAUUUUUACUUUUAUGACAAAUACACUUUAUCACACUGAAGGUUUCAUUUAUGUUUUGUUUUUCAACAUUUGAAUGAAAAGUGCUUGUUUAUUGAAGAAAUAUGUUUUGAUGGAAUAUCCCAGCAACUCAAAUAAGAUAUUGUUGAAACAAUUGUUCUAGCAAACUUGUGUCUUUAUCAGAAAAACACAUCAAAUGUGUUGUUUUGCUCCAUCGUGUAAGCAGAGACGCUUGUUUGUUGCUGCAUAAUGAGAAUGAUUUUGGGAGAAAUUGAGCUGUAAAUACAGAAUGUUAUCUUUUAUUUUUGGUCUUCCAGAAAUACAGUGAAAAGUCACACAGAAGUGAUUGUUUAGAUGGACAUUGUUUCACAUAAUGUAUCAUAUUUCACUAAAUGUACUCAUUAUUCACAUUGUUCUUAUUAAAAUGAAGGAUGUUU